UCGCAGAUCUUAUUGGCCCUGGUGUCGACGGUCCUCGGGUCGCCGCAGUACUAUGGCGGCCCAGUGUAUGGACCCCACGGUGGGGCUGCGCCCCUGGGACCCGACGGACGCGUGAUCGACACCCCCGAGGUCGCGCAGGCCAAGAGCUCCCACCUGGCCGCUCUGGCCGAAGCCGCGGCUCGCGCGCCCAAAGCACUGGACGGACCUUACCCCGGACCCUACGGAGCCGGGCCCGCCGGACCCUACGGCCCAGCCGGCUACGCUCCCCGGUACAGUGGGCCACCAGCUCCUCUGGGACCUGACGGCCGUGUGGUAGACACUCCUGACGUCGCCAACGCCAAGGCGAUCCACUUCAGCUUGUACAACGCCGAGAUCCAGAAGGCCGGGCCACCAGUGCCCCCCGCGCCCAUCCACGCUGCCUACCCUGGUGCCUACAACGACGGCUCGUACAACCCCGCCUACGAUCACUACUGA